AUGUCCUCGACGGUCUUUAAUCUAGACAACCCAUCGAAUUGGAAAAUUACUAGUAGUGUUCACGAGUGUCGAGAAUAUCUUUUGGCACAAGAAAAUGGAGAAAAUAAUUUGACAGAAGAAAAUAUUUCUCAGUCCAUAAUAGCUAUUCUUAAAAUUCUUUCGGGUAUCGCAUCGGAACCAGACUUUGCAUCUUUAGAAAAUACAAUUAAUGGUGAAAAUUUUGCAAAAGCAAUUAUUGAAAUUAAACCAGAUCUGGAUUGGAGAAGAGUUAUAGAGUUAUUAGAUGAUAAAGAGUUAAAAGUUACAUCUCCACGUGGUUUAAUGGUGAUUACAAGUAUAUUGCGUACUGCAUAUCCAGAUCCAGCAACAUUUCCUGUUGAUUGUCUUUAUAGGAUUUGGAACAAUAAAAAGAAUCAUCUCUCUUGGAUAUCAACAAUUGUUUCGAAUAGUGAAAUUUUUUCUUUUGAAGAUUAUAAACAUAUACCAAUUAAUACCUCAGCAAUGAAGACACAACCUCCUGAUACAAAGGAUCUAGGAAAUUGGAAAUGUCAAGAAUUUUAUGAAUUGAUUUUUCAUUAUAUUGAUAUUACUGAUUUUACGAGAGCUAUUUAUCAAAUUUUCCAAAGAGCGGCUUGUCAGGCAUGUAAUUCAGAAUUGCUUGUUCUUGGUAUGGUUCAGUCAAUUCCACCUAGAGAAUUUACUCAAACACGAAGAAACUUGAUGAAGGCCUUAAUACAAACAUUAAUAAUGAGUAAUUCACCUUCACCCGCUGUUGUGAAUGUUGUUUGGAAUUGGUCUGGAUGGGAAUUUACUACUGACACUCCUAAAUUAGUAAUAAAACAGGUUUUUGCUGAUAUUUAUACUAACUGUCCUGAUGAGCAAAAAUUAACAAGAACUUUAGAAAUAGCUCAUGAAUUAAAACCUGAUGGCUUGACGGAUAUCCUAGAAUCAGGAACCAAUAGGGAAUUUACUUUAAAUUUAGCUUUUCUUGCUGCCCGUCGUGACUAUUUGAAACUUGACACUUAUUUAGAAACAAUGAUUGAUAAAGCUUUAGAAAAUCUAGAUGAUAAUUUUAUUUUUGAAUUAGUUCGUGUUGUUAAAAAGAAACUGGCUUUACCACCAGGAUCUAAUAGUGUUGUUUUUUCAAGAGAUACCAUAACUAUUAUUUAUAAUGUGUUGGCAGCAAAGUUACCAAAAGACCGUACUAGUACAAUUAAAAAUUCUCUUCGAGAGUUAUACCAAGCUAUUAAGGACAGGGAUAUACCAAAAGAAAAUGGUGCUACACCUAUUGUUCCAGCUCCACCAACUGAAGUUUUUAAUCGUGGAGUUGUCAAUAGACCUGUAUAUCCACCUAUGGUACCAAUACCCGGUAAUAUUAAUCAACAAAGUAUGAUGAUGAGGAAUAUGAUAAACAUUCGCCAGGGUGUAUUAGGUUCAACUAUACCUACCGGUCAGAGUAUUGCUGUGUCUGAUGGUAUUAAAAAAGAACCUAUUCUUGAAAUAACUGGGAAUGAAGAUUUAUCAGUUUACAAGUUUGAACAACAUGCUCAAGAUAAAGCAAACAUACUUUUCCAAACAAUUUAUUCACCAUCCGGAGCUAGUGGUGUGAGAGAAUUUAUUGACAAACUUAAAAUGUGCAAAAAUAGUGCUAAAUCAGAGGAUAAGGAAGUAUUGUUGUGUGUAAUAAAAAGUUUAUUUGAAGAGUAUCAAUAUUUUAAAGAUUAUCCAAUUAGAGAAUUAAGGGUAACUGCAGAAGUUUACGGAUUACUUAUAAAAGAAAGUAUUGUUACUGGGCAACAUUUAACAUAUGCAUUAAAUAGAAUUUAUGAAAGUGUAAAAGAAAAAGAUUCUCCUCUUUAUACAUUUGGUUUAAGUGCGAUAGCAGUUUUUAUUGAAAAAUUACCUCAAUUUGUACCAUUUUGUAGAGCAUUAACUACUUAUAAUCAUUUUAAAAUGUGGCCAACUGAUUUAAGAACAUUAAUAUUAAAUAUUACUAACGGUGUUCCAAUUGAUAGAUUAGGUAUUUCGCCGUUAAAGUGUCAGAAUGAUGCAAGUUCUGGAAGGCAAUCAGCUGUAAUUACUUCUUUAGCAAAUGUUGAUACACUUGUCAAAGCAACUGAAGGAGAAAAUAGCCAAUGUAAAAAUCCACCAAAGGAAGUAAUAGAAAAAGUUGGAUUUAUUAUGAAUAACUUAGCUGAAAGUAAUUUAAAGGAAAAGGCAUUUGAUAUAAAAGAAUUUAUUAAAAAUUAUAAAGAAGAUUUUUCUUUUUGGUUUGCUAGAUAUUUAGUGGUUCAUAGAAUAGCUAUUGAAGUUAAUCAUCAUAAAAUGUAUAAUAUGUUAUUGAAAGAAAUUGGAAAUGAAACUCUAGAUGAUAUGAUUAAGAAAGAAACUUUUCGGAGUAUUACAAUUCUUCUUCGUUUAGAUACAAGAAUUAGAAAUCAAGCAUAUGCUGAUAGGCAAACUUUGAAAAAUAUGGGAAAUUGGCUCGGUAUGAUAACAAUUGCUAGAGACAAACCAAUUGUUUCAUGUGAUCUUGAUUUAAAAAGUUUAUUGUUAGAAGCUUAUCAUAAAGGAGAAGAAGAGAUUGCUUUUGUUGUACCAUUUAUUACCAGGGUUAUCAGUUCAGCAGCUAAAAGUACUCUAUUUGAUGCUAAAUGUGCUUGGAUAAGUUCAAUACUUAGUGUGUUAGCUGAAAUGUAUUAUGAAUCGAGUUUGAAAUUAAAUUUAAAAUUUGAAAUUGAGGUAUUGUGUAAUGAUUUGGAAAUAAAAUUAAGUGACAUAGUUGUUGGAAAAACACUCAAAAAUACAGAUUUAAUAAAGGGUUUAACUUCACAAAUGGGUAAAUUUAAGAAAGUUGAAACAGAAACUGCUCCCUCUCCAAUACCACCAGCUGUACGACCACAAAUACCUCCAGCCAAUUUAACAAUUCCUUUGACUACAGCAUUUACUCCAAGUGAAGAAGUUGCUUUACCAAUAGAAUCUCUUUACAAAUUUCAUUACCAUGAUGUUACUGUAAAUGUUGUUGACUUUUUUACAAAAAAUUGUGCUUUUCCACAAGGGAAUAUUAUUAUUCAGGCAAUGCCAGUUAUUAAAAGAACAAUUUUUAAAGCAAUGUCAGAUGCAAUCGUUGAAAUGAAACCAUUUAUUUUUGAAAAAGCUCUUAAACAUUCUCUUGCUGUAACUGAAUCUUUACUUAAAAAAGAUUUUAUUUUUGAAACUAAUGUUUAUAAAAUUAAAGAAGCUGCACAUAAUUUAAUGAGAAGUUCUACAGCUGCUUUAAUUGCUGUUAAUGUUAAAGAUCAUAUGGCUCAAACAUUAAUGCAUCAACUUAAAACACAAAUUACUAAUGUAGUUAUGCAACAAACAGACUUGAAUAUUCCUAAAGAACAACUUAUUGGAUUAAUUGAUGCCUUAGUAAAAGAUUUAUAUACACUUAAUGAAGAAUUAAUUACAUGCAUUUCAAUAAAGAAUGCUGUUGAUAAGGGAGCUGUUGAUAUAACAAGAAUGGUUAGUGAAUAUGUAAAUGGAAGAUAUAUUAUUGGUGACAAUAAACUUACUCCAGCACCAAAUGCUCGUGCAGUUCAAAGCGUUUUACCAGAUGAAUUAAAGUUUAACGAAGAUGGAGUUACAUUUGCCCAAUAUAAAGUUUAUGAAAAUUUGGCUAGUACUAUUUGUGGAUUUAGAUAUACAACAUCAAAUCCUGUCGAUGAUUUUAAAGUUGACAAUUUACCGAUGCCACAAAAUAUAUUUGAACCUGAGAAUAUGUCAAAAAGUAUCCUUCUUAUGCUUCGAUGUCUUAAUGGUAUUAUUCAAUAUCACCAAUCUAAUAGUCAAGCUUUUCCACAUGUGAAAGCAUUCCAAGGAUUAGGUGGUAUUAGAAAUGAUUUAUCGACUCUUUUAAGUUCUCCAAAGAGUCCAGCAAAUCUUAUUGCAGCUGCUAAAGGUAUGGUUGAACAUUUUAUGGGUGGAUAUGAAUUAGAUUUUUAUGCAAAAAAUAAAGAAAAUAAACAAUUAUAUGUUUUUGGUAUUGAUACAAAUACUAAACUAAGAGAUCUUUUUUUAAAUUUUAUCCAACAAUUAACUGCUCAUGUUAGAAGUCAUGAGAUUGUAAAUAUUAUAACUAAAACAAUUUGUGAAAGAUCACCUGAACUUUUAGCUAAGGAAAUUCCUGCAAUUGAAAUAAUGUGCAGAAGUGGUCUUAUUAAUCCAAAAGCUAUGGAUUAUCAUUUUGCUAAAAAAAUUAAUGAAAAAAGUCUUCCUGAUAUAAAUUUUUGUUCAAGAAUGAAUGCUUAUUUUUCUAUGGAUGCAAAAUUUUAUCAUCAUUUUAGUUCUGGUUUUAUGACAACUGUUAUUGCUUUAAAAAAGUAUAAUGCUUCUUUGACUGCUAGCAGAGAAACACCAACUGCCCCUGCUUCAAAUGUUUCUGAAGCAAUUGAAAAUGUUAUGUUUAAUGGACAAGAUUUAGCACAAUUUGGUUUACCUGUUGACAAACUUCAUCAAAUUGAAAGUACUUUAAAUAUAUCUGCAGUAUCAACUUUUGAUGAUGCACCAUCUCCAAUAGCUUUAAAAGCUGAAAAAGUUUACAGAGAAUGGCUUAGACAUGUUCAUAUGCCAGAAUAUUCAAAUAGAAAUGUUGAUCUUUAUAAGAUUAUUUUUCGCUUAAUGGAUGAAGAAGGUGUACUUUCUAGUGAUGAAAUGUUGACAGAAUUUUUAUUUUGCAUUAUUCAUAUGUGUGUUGAUUUGUCUAAACGUUUAGAUGAAGUAUUUACUGGUGUUAUGAAUCCAACCGUUCUUCGCCAACGCCAUCAUCGUCAUUUAGAUGGAUUUGUAAAGUUGAUUUAUCUUUUUGUCAAAUUUGGUGAUUCAUCUUCUCCCGCUAUUAGAUCAAAGAUUUUUAUAUCAUUCUGUUCUAUUUUUACAAGAUCAUUUGUUGGAGAAUAUACUACAAAUGAAGCUAAAUUCCUUCCACAUAUCUAUCACAGAAUGAUGUUAAUGCUUUUCUGUCAAUUAACUAGACCAGAUUCUGAACUUGAACCAAUUUUACUUCAAUUAUGUGAAACAUUUGGUCAAUUAAUGUUUACAUUACAACCAAAACAUUACCCUUCAUUUGUUUUUGUAUGGAUGGAUAUUCUUGCACAUAGAAAUGUAAUAAGUGCAUAUUUGGAUAAUGAUGGCACAAGUCCUGAAUCAAUUAAAAAAUGGUCAGUUUAUGCACAAUUAUUGUCAUGCGGUGUUAAAUUUCUCUCACCUUUCCUUGGUAAAAAUUCUGAAAUGAAAACUUCUAUUCAACAUUUAUAUUCUGGGUUACUUAAACUUUUACUGGUACUUCUUCAUGAUUUUCCCGAUCUCUUAAGUGAAUAUUAUUUUAAAUUGGUUGAUUAUGUACCAAUACAUUGUACACAAGUUAGAAAUAUAAUUCUUUCUGCAUAUCCAAAAUCUCAACCAUUACCAGAUCCAUUCACCACUAAUUUAGCUCAUUUUGAAUCACUUCCGGAAAUGCGUGCUGAUCCUAAAUUUCAUUUACAAUUUAGCAGUUAUCUUCCAUCUGCAUUCACAAAACAGUUAGAUGAUUUUUUGGAAUCAAGAACAAAUGUAGAUUUCUUGUCUCAACUUACAACAUUAUGCAAAAGCCACCCUCCAAAUUCGAAUCACGAAUCUAAAUAUAACAUUAGUUUUAUAAAUGCUUUGGUUUUGUAUGUUGGAGUUAAAGCUAUUGAAAAUCUUAACAGUAAAAAUUUACCAAUUGUCACAGCAACUAUGGCACAUACUUCAUACAUGGAUGUUUUGGAGUAUCUUGCUGCAUCUUUGGAUCCUGAAGGAAGAUUUAUAUUUUUUUCUGCUAUGGCUAAUAAUCUUAGACAUCCAUGUAGUCAUACAUUAUAUUUUUCGAAAGCAUUCCUUUACUUGUUUAAAGAAAUAGGACAAAUUGUUAUUCAAGAACAACUUACAAGAACAUUAUUUGAAAGAAUAAUUUGCCUUCGACCACAUCCAUGGGGUCUUCUUGUUACAUUUAUAGAAUUAAUUCGUAAUCCUACCUACAAUUUCUGGUCUCAUAACUUUGUAACUUGUGCUCCAGAAUUGAAUCGUCUUCUUAGUUGUGUUUCUAGUUCAACACAAGUAAAAGGAUCAAAUUUGGAUUUAUCCUCAACAGCAGGAACUUCAUCCGGUGAGAAUACAUCUCCAGCAGUAGAAGCACUUUAG